CAAGCAAUGCCGUGGUUCUUCUGUAUAUCAAAGAAGCUCUUCGGGUAACUUUAAAAAGAGGAUUUGAUAUGGUGUUUUCUUGGCAAGGAGACCCGGGAUGCCGGUGUCUGCUGCUCUCCCUUCUGCUCAUCCCAGUCUGGGAGGCUGGGAGCGGCCAGGUCCGCUACUCGGUCCCCGAGGAGGCCAAACACGGCACCUUCGUGGGCCGCAUCGCCCAGGACCUGGGGCUGGAGCUGGCCGAGCUGGUGCCCCGCCUGUUCCGCCUGGCGUCCAAGGGCCGCGGGGACCUUCUGGAGGUAAACCUGCAGAAUGGCAUUCUGUUUGUGAAUUCUCGGAUCGACCGCGAGGAGCUGUGCGGGCGGAGCGCGGAGUGCAGCCUGCACCUGGAGGUGAUCGUGGACAGGCCGCUGCAGGUGUUCCACGUGGAGGUGGAGGUGAGGGACAUUAACGACAACCCGCCUGUGUUCCUAGAAAAGGAACAAAAACUAUUCAUUUCAGAAUCCAGAAUGACGCAUUCUCGUUUUCCACUAGAGGGUGCUUGGGAUGCAGAUGUCGGAGUUAACUCCUUAUUAACCUACAAGCUUAGUGAUAGUGAAUACUUCAUGCUGGAUGUAAAUUCAAAAAAUGAGGAGAAUAAACAAGUUGAGCUUGUGUUAAGGAAAUCUUUGGACAGAGAGGAAGCUCCCGACCAUAACUUGUUCCUGACAGCGACUGACCAAGGUAAACCCGAGCUCACUGGCACUGUGCAGCUGCUGGUCACUGUGCUGGACGUGAACGACAAUGCGCCCACCUUUGAACAAUCUGAAUACGAAGUAAAAAUAUUCGAAAACUCAGAAAACGGAACGACAGUUAUCAGGCUGAAUGCUUCUGAUCGCGAUGAAGGAGCCAAUGGAGAGAUUUCAUAUUCUUUCAAUAGCCUUGUGCCACCCGUGAUUACUGACCAGUUUAGAGUAGAUACAAACACUGGGGAAAUAGUAACUCGAGGGAAUUUAGAUUUUGAAAAUACGAAUUUAUACAAGAUCCGUAUUGAUGCGAUGGACAGAGGCCACCCUCCGAUGGUAGGUCAUUGUACGGUGCUAGUGAAAGUUUUGGAUAAGAAUGAUAACGUCCCGCAUGUUGCAUUGACUUCCUUAUCCUUGCCUGUCCGAGAGGACGCCCCGUUCGGCACUGUCAUUGCCCUGAUCAGCGUGUCCGACAGCGACUCUGGUGUCAACGGGCAGGUGACCUGCAGCCUGACACCCAGUGUCCCCUUCAAGCUGGUGUCCACCUUCAAGAACUACUAUUCACUAGUGCUGGACAGCGCCCUGGACCGCGAGAGCGUGCCGAGCUACGGGGUGGUGGUGACCGCGCGCGACGGGGGCUCGCCUCCGCUGUCGGCCACGGCCAGCGUGUGGGUGGAGGUGGCCGACGUGAACGACAACGCGCCCGCGUUCGCGCAGCCCGAGCACACGGUGUUCGUGAGGGAGAACAACGCGCCCGGCCGCCACAUCUGCACGCUGUCGGCGCGCGACCCCGACGCGCAGGAGAACGCGCGGGUGUCCUACUCGCUGGUGGAGCGGCGGGUGGGCGAGCGCGCGCUGUCGAGCUACGUGUCGGUGCACGCGGAGAGCGGCCGGGUGUUCGCGCUGCAGCCGCUGGACCACGAGGAGCUGGAGCUGCUGCAGUUCCAGGUGAGCGCGCGCGACGCGGGCGUGCCGCCUCUGGGCAGCAACGUGACGCUGCAGGUGUUCGUGCUGGACGAGAACGACAACGCGCCCGCGCUGCUGCCGGGCGGCGCGGGCGAGCUGGUGCCGCGCUCGCUGGGCGCGGGCCACGUGGUGGCCAAGGUGCGCGCGGUGGACGCGGACUCGGGCUACAACGCGUGGCUGUCGUACGAGCUGCUGCAGCCGGCGGCGGCGGCGGCGGGCGGCGCGCGCGGCCCGUUCCGCGUGGGGCUGUACACGGGCGAGAUCAGCACGACGCGCGCCCUGGACGAGGCGGACGCGCCGCGCCAGCGCCUGCUGGUGCUGGUGAAGGACCACGGCGAGCCGGCGCUCACGGCCACGGCCACGGUGCUGCUGUCGCUGGUGGAGAGCGGGCUGGCGCCCCGCGCGUCGUCGCGCGCGCCCGAGGGCGCGGCGGGCGCGCCGACGGCGCUGCUGGACGUGAACGUGUACCUGAUCGUCGCCAUCUGCGCCGUGUCCAGCCUGCUGGUGCUGACGCUGCUGCUGUACGUGGCGCUGCGCUGCGCGGCGCCGCCGGGCGAGGGCGCGGCGCGGGCGCGGGCGGCCGGGAAGCCGGCGCUGGUGUGCGCCAGCGCGGUGGGGAGCUGGUCGUGCUCGCAGCAGCGGCGGCAGAGGGUGUGCUCCGGGGAGGGCCCGCCCAAGACCGACCUCAUGGCCUUCAGCCCCAGCCUUCCUCCGUGUCCUGGAUCUACAGGUGCAAUGGAAGUUCCUCAAGCUUCUUUGGACUCCUCUGGGAAGGUUGGUGGUUUUAGCCUUUUAUUUAUCCACAUAUUUAUUAUUUAGUCUUGA